AAGGCGUUACCGGAAGACUGUCAUUUGCUGCCAAUAGCGAGUGUUUCAUCAGGCAAUACUAGCAUGCUGUAGAAACCUGAUACAGUUCACAUGCAGAGUACAUGUAAUGUUAUUAAUGCCUUUGUCAAAUCAAGAAGUGCGUAUCACAAUGCCCCGUUAACAAACAAAAUGUGCAAAGAGCUGAAGACUAAAGUGUUACGUUUGAUACCGCCGACAGACAACGGUUUGACCGGCCAGCAUGAGGACACACCGAACAGACACUCAGAUGGUGCUGAAAUCCUGGAUGCAACUGUCCUAUCUCUGAAGGAGGGUCAGGUGGUAGCUUUGCCAACUGACACAAUAUAUGGCUUGGCUUGUCUGGCUCAAAACUCUGAUGCCAUCAAACGGGUGUAUGAAAUCAAAGGACGAAAUGGUCAAAAACCGCUGGCCAUUUGCGUUGGGGAAAUACAGGACAUUUACAAGUACUGUAAGGUGUCAGUCAAAGAGGAGCUUCUGAAGGAGCUUCUGCCUGGUCCUGUCACUCUGGUUCUGCAGAGGUCUACGGUGUUGAACACAGACCUGAACCCCUUCACUCCGCUGGUAGGUGUGCGCAUCCCUAACCAUCCCUUCAUGAGGCGUCUGUGCCAGCUGUGUGCAGAGCCCCUGGCUCUAACCAGCGCCAACAUCAGCACACACUCCAGCACUGUGGCUGUGCACGAGUUCCAGGACCUGUGGCCUCGUUUAGCUGUGGUAGUUGAUGGUGGACCAAUAGGAGACCAUAGUCGGUUAGGGUCAACAGUGAUUGACCUAUCAGUGUUUGGAAAAUACCGCAUCAUCAGACCUGGCUGUGCUUUUUCUGCCACUGUGGAUUUGCUGGAGCGUAAAUAUGGACUGCUGGAGGACACAGAAAAUCAUUGAGGAUUUGUUCCUACUCACUGGCUGAAAUGCACAAGCAGCUGUAUCCAUUUUCUCUAUAGCCAAUGAAAAAUCUCCCUCCGGUGGCAAUGUUUGAUAGGCUGAGGGUUAAACAUUUUUAAAGUAAUGUUGUGGUGUUAUCUACCUCAGAUUAUGGACCUAUGGAGUUCAUUUGUUUUGGGUGAUCAGUUAUUUGGGCCUCAACUUACAUGGGUCAAUCUUAGCAACAAACCCAACUAUCUCUGCUAUGUCAGACUGGGACGAGGGCCAGAGAAUGACAGUUGGUGGUUGUAGUUGUUCUUUCUUCAGGACCUGCGGGAGUCUUUGAGUCUCAAUGUGCUCUCUGCCUGGAAAUUAAAUGAAAAUUCCUUUUUGAGGGGAUUUGUAAUUUAAAAGUUUUUGAAAUUGUAUUUAUUUGUUGGAGUGCAUUGGUGUGGUUUUUUGUUUUCUUUUUAACAGUUGUAUAUAUACCUCUGUGAUUUUGACAAUACAUCAAAUGAUGGAAUGUGGAUUUUCUUUCUCCCUGUGCAUUCACAUGGCUUUGUUGGCAGUUCCUCAACUACAUUGUACAGUGGCAUGUCAUAUAAAAUAACAGCUUUUGUUGAUAUCUGCUCAUGUUAACAAUAAAUUCCUGAAAUACUUUUUAAAUUAACUUUUUUUUCCAUU